UGCCCAGGGCAUCAUUUUUUGCACACACUGUGCUUCCCGUCCCCGUGUUUCCCGCCUCAGUCUUCCCUGGCCAUGGCCCACCUGCGACGCGAAGCUUCACCCCCCGCUAGCUCCGCUCGUCAACGGACUCGUUCUCUGGCGCUUCUCGUGUAUCCCUCUUCGCCGCCCGUCACCCGCGUCGACUAGAAUGGCAUCUUUGACCGAGAGCUACUACCACCUCGAUCCGAGUAGGAGACGUCCAUUGUGAUCGUCGUGACCAGCUUGUUGACGAUGACGAUGACGAUGACGAUGACGAUGACGUUGACGCUGACGGUGACGAUAAUAACUGGGAGAUACCAGCUUCUUUUCCUCCCUGCGCGCGGCAACAUGGCACGACGUUCGCGCGUCACGUCGUCGCUGCCGCUGCUAGGGCUACUCUCGUGUCUGUUGCUUCUACCGCCGACUGGUUUCGGCUCGCCCGACGCCACUGACGUACUUUCUGUUCACGAAUGCAGCUACAUUGUCUCGUCCCGACAUCCUCCUCUUCUUCACCUUUCUUCUUUUUCUGCUGCUGCUGCUUCUGCUGUGGAGCCAAACAAGACUGCUGCUGCACAAGCAGCAGCGCCACCCACCACAGGAGAAGCACCACCACCGGCAGCAGAUUUAACAGCAGCAGCAGCAGCAGCAGCAGCCACACAAAGUGCAAGUUUCUCCAGUUCUCCUGUGCCCUCCUCCUCCUCCCCCUCUCACUACCGUCGCUCCCCCUCCGCCUGCUGGAGUCGAAUUGAGAUGCGGUGCUACGCCGGCCCACACGGCAUGGCUCUUCGCUCCGAAGCCCUCAGGCGGAAGCUCCGGGCUUAUAACGAGUACAGGCGGGAGUGCAGCGCCAAAGAGAACAGAACCGCUCUUAAAGCCAAGCUCACGGGAGGCAUUCCCACGGAGUGCAGGUACCUGCUGUGGAGCUCCAAGUCAGGAGACGGGCAAGGCAACCAGUACGUGUCGCUGGUAUCCGCGUUUGUGUAUGCGCUGGUUACGAAUCGGAUCUUCCUGCUGCUGGCAGAGCAGGGGCCUGCGAAGCUCAUGUGCGAUCCGUUCCAAGGUGGGAAUGGGGGGAGUUGGAGCGGUGGUGCUGCUGAUGAGGGUGGUGGUAGCAGCAGUGCUGGUGGUGGUGGUGAUGCUGGUGCCGCUGAUACUAGUGGUGACAGUGGCGGUGGCAGUGCUGGUGCUGGUGCUGGUGCUGGGGUUGGUGUUGGUGCUGGGGAUGGGGAUGGGGCUGCUGCUGCUGAUAGUAGUGGUGGGAAGAGCGGUGCAGAGCGGUGGUUUGUGUUUGAGGACAAUCAGGAGGAGCUGUGGGCGGCGACAGUGCUUGCAAUGCAGCAGGUGGAGGAGUACUUCACUGUGCGGGUUCAGGCCAUGGCCAACGGCACCAGUGACUCCAUGCCCGUGCCACCAGCUCUCGGCGUGACCAUCUACCACUUCACGACCAACAUGAGCCUCUUCUUCUGUGCAUCGGAGCAGCGCUGGCUCGCUCGCGUGCCCGCACUCCUUCUCCAGGCAAACCAGUUCUUUCUGACCCCUCUCUUCUACAUCACCUCCUUCCGCCGCCACCUCUCCGACCUCUUCCCUUCCGGAAGGAUCUUCCAGACAAUUUCGCAGCUCAUCAUGUUUCCCCAGAACCACCUCUGGGCGGCAAUCACGCAGAAUAUUCACGCCCGGGCAGCCCCUGCUGCUGCCCGGAUUGGGCUGCAGUUGAGGCAUUGGCACGAGGAUACUGUGCGGGAUGCGGCAACGUGUAUUGAGGCAGCUUUGCUGAAGCCCGAGCUUGCAGAGGCGAGACUGGUAAGGCUGGACGGUGGACUCGCAGCCGAAGUAGGUACGGCUUCUCCUUCUGCCUUUGCUGCUUCUGCUGCUGCUGGUGCAGCAGCGGGGAAUAGUGGUGGGGUGGCUGGCAGCGGCAGUGAGGGGGAUGUCAGCAGCAGCAUCAGUGGCAACAGCAUUGGUAGCAGCAGUGGCUCGGAUAGUCCUGGAGAAAAGGUUGAAUCAGUGGCUGGAGCCAGGGGAGUGAGCGAGAGGGUGAGUGUAAGGGAUGUGACGGCAGUGGUGAUUGCAUCUCUCAAUCCCCAUGUGUGCUUCAAUGUCUCUCAGCUGCUCUUUCGCAGCACCGAUCCCCUCACCAACAUCACAUACACCAGCGGCGCUCCUGGUGCCAGCGAUGGGAUAAACAGGGGAAGCAGUGGAUACGAAGGAGGCGGAGGAGUGAAGGAUGAAAGAGGAGAGAAGGAUGAAAGAGGAGGAGGAGUAGCAACCCAAGGCAGCCAAAGCACAUCGGCUGACAGCUUAGAAGCUGCCUUCUCUGCAGUUCCCAGCACAGGCAUGGCCAGAGAGGCCCUUGUGAGCAGCAGCAGCAUCAGCAACGGCAGUAUUGCGCUCGAGCGCAUCACAGUGGAAACCUCCCAAACCGGCCUGCAGUCGGAGCUAGAGCACGCCAUAGUGGACAUCUACUCUCUAGCGCUUGCAUGCGACGUUGUCCUCACCUUCCCGGCCUCCACCUUUGGCUACCUCGUGUCGUCCCUCUUUGCGCGGCCGGCCUUCUUUAUUGAACGGUCUUGUUACAAGGCGCCUAUGGAGCCGUGCAUGCACCAUGCCCCGCCUCCCUUUCAGUGCCCGGGAGGGGGGGGGAAUAUCACGAGUGAUUAUGAGGGUUUGAGAUUAGCAGGUGUGCCUCUUCAACGUUGCCCCGACUCGUAUGAUGGUGUCCUGUUGCGACAAGAUAUUGUGAAAUAAGAGAUUUAUGUCAACAAAUAUAAUUGUUUAUGCUAG